UGAGCCCCCCAGGAACAGUACUUGCGCCUCGAUCUGGUUUCAUGGUGCUGGCUCAGCUGCAUUUAAUUCAGCUUAUAACCACUGUCUUCAGCGCAGCUGAUCGCGCUAAAAUAGGUAUUGCAUUAGUGGUCGCUCAUUCAAUCUGCUUUUUCUUCGCCUCGAAAGCUGUUUAAUUGAGAGGUAGAGUCACCAUGCUAGAGACCACUCUGCUUCCUACUCUGGGAGGGCCAGUUCUAUCUUUUGCACUUUGCACCAACAGCCCGCCCGUAUUGAGCUCUGGCUUUAACGUCAUUCUAAAUAGCUUCUCCCAGCUAUCAAGAUCAGGAGGGCAUUGUCUGUCAUCUUGUCCAGGACGUGCAAUCCACUCGGGUCGGUUCCGACGCUCAGCGGGCAAGGCAGCUGAUCGUCAGAGGAUCGAUUGCCGGAAGCAUCAAAUUACGCUUUUCACAUUUGAGCCAAUGCAAAUGCAGUCAGCUGCCCAAAGGAGAAGCCAAAAAGGUUGCGCAGGGGCUCACAGACAACAGAACACUUCAAACAUCAAUAACCCAGAACAGAACUGCAGAUUGCAAGGCGCACGCAAACGGAUUUCGAAACCAGCUGCAACAAGAAGCCUCACUGUGCGCACUGCCUACGAUUGCAGAGCUGCAAUCUCGUCACAAAGGAACUCCACAACCCCGCGCAAAGUAACGAUGAGCGCUGUGCCAUCCCCAAUCAUCUCCAAUGAAAAGCGAGAAUCUGAUCAGCUCAGGCCUUCGAUCACUGUGAUCGCGACAGAUGUCGACGGGACGUUGUUGGAUAGCAAGCAGCAGCUGCGGGGAGAAACGGUGGCGGCACUCAAAGCUGCAAUGGCGAAGGGAAUCCAGGUACUGAUUGCUACCGGAAAGGCCCGGGGUCCCUGGAUAGACACUGUACUGCCCCAAUUGGGACUCACCACACCAGGUGUGUACAUGCAGGGCCUCAUUCUGUAUGAUGGCGACGGCAGCAUUCUGUACGAGCGGUGCAUGGACGAGGACGUGGCCCGGAAAGUCAUCCGACUAGGCGUGGAAGAAAACGUAACUGUGACCGCGUAUUGCGGGAAUCGAAUACUCUGCGCCGAGCGUGAUAAGCACACGGACCGCCUCAUAGGCUAUGGGGAGCCGGUGCCGGAAGCUAUGGGGUCGCUCCUAGACGUGGUUGGAAAAAUUCCCAUCAACAAGUUGUUAUACAUGGGCGAGCAGUCGGCCAUCGACGCGAUCCGGCCGGCGGUGCAGGCGGCGCUGGGCAGAGAAGCCACGCUCGUGACGGCGCUCAACGGAAUGCUCGAGGUGCUUCCCCGGGGCGCCUCAAAGGGCCUCGGUCUCAAGAUGGUCCUGGAGCGGAUGGCCGUGGAUGCGCGCCACGUGUUGGCCAUCGGGGACGGCGAGAACGACAUCGAAAUGCUGCGGACGGUGGGAACUAGUGUGGCGAUGGGGAACGCGGGGGCGGAGGUGAAAGCCGCGGCGCAGUUCGUGACGUCAUCGAAUGACGAAAGUGGGCUCGCGCUUGCGGUAGAAAGUUUCGUUCUGGGGGGUUUGGAGUCGGGGCGGUGUAGGGUGGGCGAAGGGGGGCGGAUAGAAAUGGUGGAAAGGGUUGAGGUGAUGAGAUGAGACCGGGUAUGGUCUGCUCAGUCACGGGUUGGCGGUAAUCUUCGUUAAGCGUAGCGUCCUUGUCUCGAGCGUGUACAGAGAGGCAGAAGAGGGGGAACGAGUCGUAAGGCCCGAAACGGCUCCAGUUCCAGGGGUUGACAAUACUGACUUGCAGCGCUGAGCUUUUUGUAUCAUUCUGCUUGAAGCGAGUUGACUUUGAGAGCGACUUUGGCCGGACAAGUCGUCAAAUCAGCUCCGACGCUCGCGUUCCUGUAUUGCAGUUCAGUCAAAGCAUGGACCCAGAAUAGACAUUCACGAAGUUGCUAAGGAAAAGAUUCCACUGAAAAGUGAAGGUCACUCAGAGGUCGCGUCUAAUUAUCACUGACGCUGGUUACCGGCCCUGGCAGCCUGGCUCGUGGGCUAAUAGACUGCCCUGAGUCCAUGCCAGCAAACUAAUCAAGACCUGUCUCUGCGAAAAGCUUGGAACAGCGGGUUCAUCGUA